GGCUGCCUGCUCUUUGCAGUGAAGAGAGGGAGGGAGACGGGCUCGCACGGUAGCAGUCGCUGCACCGCCUCCUAAUCAAGCCCCCUCCCCUCUUACGCCGGCCGGCGCUUUACAGCCGAGCGGGCGAGCGAACUUCCGACUGCCCCCGGACACGGCGGCGCUGCCUUGGACUUACAAUUCCGUGCGCGAGGGGCUGGCGCUGAAAGCCGCCGGGAAAGGCGCUCCCCCCCCCGCUGCCUGCCGCUUUUGUGGGAUCAUUAUUGCGGGACAGGGUUUUUGUUUUCCUUUUUCCCCUUUCGCUUUUUUUGCACCGUCCUUAAUCCGUCCCCCGCUGCAUAUCCCAGCCGGUGCAUCGGAGGAACCGGCACCAGCCGCCGCGAUGCCGCUGACCUCGACCCUCCCCAGCAAGAACUACGAUUACGACUACGACUCGGUGCAGCCCUACUUCUACUUCGAGGAGGAGGAGGAGAACUUCUACCUGGCGGCGCAGCAGCGGGGCAGCGAGCUCCAGCCGCCCGCCCCCUCCGAGGACAUCUGGAAGAAGUUCGAGCUGCUGCCCACGCCGCCCCUCUCGCCCAGCCGCCGCUCCAGCCUGGCCGCCGCCUACUUCCCCUCCACCGCCGAUCAGCUGGAGAUGGUGACCGAGCUGCUGGGGGGAGACAUGGUGAACCAGAGCUUCAUCUGCGACCCGGACGACGAAUCCUUCGUGAAAUCCAUCAUCAUCCAGGACUGCAUGUGGAGCGGCUUCUCCGCCGCCGCCAAGCUGGAGAAGGUGGUGUCCGAGAAGCUGGCCUCCUACCAGGCGGCCCGCAGGGAAGGGGGCUCCGGCUCCCGGCUCUGCCCGCCACCGCCGCCCUCGCAGCCGCCUAGCCUGGCCCCCUCCCCCGCCUCCGCCAGUACCUACCUGCACGACCUGGGCGCCGCCGCCUCCGACUGCAUAGACCCCUCCGUGGUCUUCCCCUACCCGCUCAGUGAGAGAUCCUCCAAGCCCGGCUCCCCCAGCUCCAGCCCGGCUUCCCUGCUGGGCGAUGACACCCCGCCCACCACCAGCAGCGACUCGGAAGAACCAGAGGAAGAUGAAGAAGAAAUUGAUGUUGUGACAACAAGUGAAUCCGAAUCAAUCACACAACCAACAGAAGAGCACAGUAAGCCACACCACAGCCCACUAGUUCUUAAGCGGUGUCAUGUCCCCAUCCAUCAGCACAAUUAUGCUGCUCCUCCCUCCACCAAACUUGAGUAUCCUUCAGCAAAAAGGAUAAAGUUGGACAAUGGUAGAGUUCUCAAACAAAUCAGUAAUAACCGAAAGUGCUCAAGUCCCCGCACAUCAGACACAGAAGAAAACGACAAGAGGCGAACACACAACGUCUUGGAGCGCCAAAGGAGAAAUGAGCUGAAGUUGAGUUUCUUUGCUUUGCGUGACCAAAUACCUGAGGUAGCCAACAAUGAAAAGGCUCCCAAAGUUGUCAUCCUUAAAAAAGCCACAGAAUAUGUUCUUUCUAUUCAAACAGAUGAACACAGACUGAUUGCAGAGAAAGAACAGUUGAGGAAGCGGCGAGAACAGUUGAAACACAAACUUGAGCAGCUAAGGAACUCUUGUGCAUAGAUUAGAAUAAUCUAAUCCAGACUGAAAUAAAAUAUUAAUAUUUCUAAUCUUACUCAUGAACUACGCCAGUUCUUAAAGUAUGGAACCAUUACAAUUGCAUGCUGUGCAAAAUAACUCAAGACUACACAACCUUGGCUGGAACCUUCGAAAGGUUUAGCCAUAACCUCAAAACUGCCUCAUAAUUAAUACUUUGGGCAUAAGGACAAAUGGGACUUUUCUUCAUGCUUGGGGAUGAACUUUUCAAUUUUGUUCUUUGAAAAUUUUGUAUUUAAGUCAUUUUUCUUAAGACAGUUCCAAAAAGUUGUCCUCAAAUGGCUGUAUAUAUUUACAUACCUUAUUGCUAUGUACAUACUUUUAAUAAAAUCUUUAUAGAAAAAUGUGCAACAUUAAUACUCAGCAGUUAUGGCAACUGGGUUUAUACUUGUCUUGAACUUCUGUGCCAGAACAUUUCACCAUUUUAUGGGUUUUAUUUAAAUACAUUUUCUUUUAAAAAUUUAAUUUUAUUUUGUUUUUAGAUAAAUAAAUAUUUGCCUAAACUAUAAUUAGUUAAACCAUCUGUAAAGACUUUGCUUCUUCUUCCCAUAUUGUCAUCUACAGUCAAUACAAGUUAAUAACUCCAGAGCUAAAUAGUAGGGGCAGGUUUUACUAUGCAUUUUCAUUUUGCACUAAGGACUGGAAUUAAUUAUAUAUUCAUCUUCCAAUAUAAUCCUACACCAAUGGUGGAGGAUACUAGUGUAAACUCUACUACUGCUUCCUGUAUUUAUCAUAAAGAAGUGGUGGAACCAAAUCAAAAUUAAGGAAUACAACAUGGUAAAAAACAAAUGAAACUACUCUUUUAUCUACUUUGAAUGUUGGGGUUUUGAAAUGAACAUUUCUAAUUCUGUUAUACGUAGCAGACAAUGUUUUAACUCUAAUUCCUGUAAGAACGAAGUGGAAAAAAAAUCAAAAAACUCUUCCAAGAACAAAAAACAAUUUUACUGACGCAUAACCAAACUACGCCAAUAGCUAUGCCUUCAUUUACCUACUCUACAAAUUACGGCAAAGAAAGAAAACACUAAUUUCUUAACUGCAGAUUAAAUCUCUGACUGAAUCUGACCCAACAGUUUAACUGUCUUGUCACAUGACCUCUAAAAUCAGGAAUUAACUCAAAUUAUUGUUUUUGCCUCAAGCUUUGGAGAAAGUUCCCCAUGUGUGUAACAAUAGACACAACUAGCUGCAUUAGUCAGACAACCUCUUUCCUCAGACUUUUUAGGCUCAUGCACCCCCCCCCUUUACUCCUGUCUGUCACCCCUCACAGGAGCUGGGAGCAGGGCUGUGGCUACCUGGGAUGGUAAAGGGGCUGCAGCUGGGGGCAGAAGUGGGGCUGGGAGCAGGACCAUGGCUGGGGCCAAAGGGGAGCACAGCUGGGUGGUGCUCCCUCCACAGCUGACCCAGGCCCUGCUGUGCCC